AUGGCGGCGCCAGCGGAGAGGAUGGAGGUUUCUCAGGGGGAAAACGUGGCAAAGCCUGCUGCUGAAGAUAUGACGUCAAAGGAUUAUUACUUUGACUCGUAUGCUCACUUUGGCAUCCAUGAGGAGAUGCUCAAGGAUGAGGUCCGGACUCUGACCUACCGCAACUCAAUGUUCCACAAUAAGCAUCUGUUUAAAGACAAGGUGGUGCUGGAUGUGGGCAGCGGCACGGGUAUCCUCUGCAUGUUUGCUGCGAAGGCCGGAGCCAAGAAAGUUAUAGGGAUUGAGUGCAGCAGUAUCUCAGACUACGCUGUGAAAAUAGUAAAGGCUAACAAGAUGGAUGAUGUGGUAACUAUUAUCAAAGGGAAGGUAGAAGAAGUGGAUCUACCUGUGGAUGGAGUCGAUAUCAUCAUAUCUGAGUGGAUGGGCUACUGCCUUUUCUAUGAGUCCAUGCUCAAUACAGUUAUCUAUGCUCGUGACAAAUGGCUGAAGCAAGACGGGCUCAUUUUCCCAGACAGGGCAACCCUUUACGUGACCGCAAUUGAAGACAGGCAGUACAAGGACUACAAAAUCCACUGGUGGGAGAAUGUGUACGGAUUUGACAUGUCAUGUAUCAAGGAGGUGGCCAUUAAGGAACCCCUGGUCGAUGUAGUGGACCCCAAGCAGCUGGUCAGCAGCGCUUGUCUCAUCAAGGAGGUGGAUAUAUACACGGUGAAGCCAGAAGAUUUAACCUUCACAUCACCAUUCUGCUUGCAAGUAAAAAGGAAUGAUUACAUCCACGCUCUUGUUACCUACUUCAACAUCGAGUUCACCAGCUGCCACAAGCGGACCGGCUUUUCCACCAGUCCGGAGUCCCCAUACACCCAUUGGAAGCAGACAGUCUUCUACCUGGAUGAUUACCUGACUGUCAAGAUCGGGGAAGAGAUCUCGGGCACUAUCAGCAUGAAGCCGAAUGUCAAAAACAAUAGAGACCUGGACUUCACUGUAGAUCUCGCCUUCAAGGGCCAGUUGUGUGACGUGUCCAAGACGUCGGAGUACAGGAUGCGUUAG